AUCACCAGUAAAUUUUCCUGAACACACUCGACGACUCCUUCACUCACUUCACUUUCUCCUUCACCGCCUACACCUCGCUAUAUAUAAAGGCCUUAAACCCUCUCUCUCCUUUUUUCGACCCUUGAAACACUCUACACACUCUUAGUCUCUAUUACAAACAAUCAAUCAAUCAUUUCACACACUACAAUUCUUCAUUUUCUCUCUGGAUUGACGUGCUGACGUGGCUAUGGCGGAGAGCCUCAAACACCUUGCCAAGGCUCUCUUCUCCGAUCAAUCGCAGCAGCUGCCGUCGAUUUCCGGCGAGUCGCUCCUCCAGAAGCUCCGGUCCGAUGACACGAUCAGGUCAGGGCUCACCGCUUUCUACUCCGUCCUCCGCCGUGGCGUCGAGCCUACAGGCGGCGCCUCCUCCUCCUUGCGCUUUCAAUCGUGGAACGCCUCGCAGAUUCAGGCGAUUUGUUCGUUCGCAUGCACGAUCGCUUCCGCCUCUCGAUCUUUGUCAGUGGAGGAAGCGGAAGGGAUACUGGUUGCGAUUGUGCAGCAGUCAGUGGAGUUCGCCGUGUGCUACUUAGAGAAAUCUGGAUUCGAUGACGAUGAUAACGAGUUAGGACUUGUUCAGAACAUAAUGCAUCUUUUAGAGAUAGCUUUGGUUGAUGAGAUGAAUAUCUUAUCGGACGUAUCACAACCAGCAAGUGCCUUGGUAGAUCUGUUGCCAAUUGUUGAUGAUUGUAGUGGAUAUGUCAUGGAUGAUCACAGAAAAUGCCAUCUAGAAGGCUUCAGAUGCUCAAAGGAAGAAAAAUCGAUGGAGUGGCUUCUAAAGACUUUAGCUUCUGAACCUGUGUUCCACGAUAGGAAUGAAUCUGGAUCCAGUGAGCUGACUGAUUAUCAACAUCUCAGUAGUUUUGUUUUUUUAUGCCAGCAUUCGGCAGUUGUCCAUGGAAAAUGCACUCCACGCUUGAUCUUGCUGUGCAGUAAACUAGCUAAAAUCAAUGAUGUUUCUGAUGAUAAGGAAGUAGGCCAGAAUUUUAGGAAGAGACUCUCUCUCAUUUUGAGGAUAUUAAAGAUCCUUGGAAGUCUCAUAAAGGAUGUUUUGUAUGUAGAAUAUGAUGCAUCAUUGGUGAGGGCUAUUGCCUCAUUUGCUGAUACUUUGUCUAAUUUGUUUAGAGUUAAACAUGAGUUUGUGAAUACAUAUGCUAUCAUUGAGGGAAGUCUUGAGAGCAUUAUUUUAAUGGUCGUGGAAGAGUUUCUUCACAAUGUGCAGGUUAUUUUUGGUAGUAGCAGUAUUGUGCAGAAUAUUGAAGCUUGUAUUAUAGCAUCUAUGUUGGAGAGUUUGGAUUCUUCUUUUUGGACAUAUGAUAAGUCUGCAACAAAUUUGAAACCCCCUUUAUCAUACUUCCCCCGGUUUGUUCUUUACAUGUUAAAACUCAUCAACGAUUUGAAGAGACAAAGGCAGCAGGUUUCUUUUGAUUGGAAAGACUUCAAUGUAGAACUCUUUAGCAGUUCCACUGACUCACAAAAUAGCUCCCCUUCAUGCCUUGUCUAUCAAGAGUCAGUUCCUCUGCUGAAGCAAUACACAUUUGAAGAGCUUUUGAAGCUUAUAUUUCCUGCAUCAAGCCUAUGGAUUGGCAACUUGAUGCAACUUGCUUUGUUCCUUCACUCUGAAGGGUUGAAGUUAAAGCCAAAAAUUGAAAGGUCAUGUUCUAGUUUUUCAAAAGUUGCCGGAGCAUCUGAACAAGAAAAUGCAGUAUGCCAUGAAGAUGAGGCCCUUUUUGGAGAUCUUUUCUCUGAGACUGCACGUUCUGUUGGGUCUACAGAUGGAUGUGAACAACCUGGUACUGCUUCAGUUUCUAGCACCAACUAUCAGAAUUUCCCAAUUCAAGCUGCCAUAGAACUUUUGAACUUUCUUAAAACGUGCAUCUUUUCUCCUGAAUGGAGUCCUUCUCUUUAUGAGGAUGCCUGCAAAAAGCUCAGUACUGCAGACAUGGAUAUUUUGCUUUCCUUACUCAAUUGUCAGGGUUGUUGUUCUGAAGAAAAUGUGUCUGAUACUUCUACUCCCUCUCACGAAGGCAGAAGGAUCGGGCAUGUCCAUGAGCUUUGCUUUGAUAUUUUGCACAAUGUUCUCACAAACCAUGCUUUGAAUGAUUUCCUUGAAGACUAUCUUUUGGAGAAGAUGCUUACUGUUGAAAACGGUGCCUUCAGUUAUAAUGAUCGGACGCUGACCUUGCUCACUCACACUUUGUUUUGUAGUGUUGGUUCUGCUGGUAGUAAGCUGAGAAACAAGAUUUGUGAAGGAUAUGCUUCCUUUGUUUGUGAGAAAGUGAAGUCUGUUUCUAGAAAAUGCCCAAGUAUUGAUGACCUUGUUGGAACUCUUCCCUCGUUGUUUCACAUUGAGGUAGUUCUCAUGGCAUUUCACUUGUCUUCUGAACUAGAAAAGGCAACAAUGGCGAACUUAAUCUUUUCAAACCUCCAAGAAGUUGCUAAGCAGGUACUGGAUUUGAACAGUUCGCUGUUAACAUGUUGGGCUUUGGUGGUGUCAAGACUGAUCCUAGUUCUACGUCAUAUGAUAUUUCAUCAACAGAAAUGUCCGUCAUCAUUGCUUGUUGAUGUGCGGUCUAAGUUAAGGGAAGCAACGCUAUCUGCAUCAUCUAUUCCGGAUAAGAUGAAUGAUCACCUCUCAUCUUGGUCAUUAACUGCACUAAGAAAUGUUGCUGGUGGAUUGCUUGGACAGGACAUGAAUGUGAGUAGCUUGAUUGGUCAACUAAUUGAUGUUUCUAGAUCUUCUGGUUCACUUGGUAGAGAUGACUUGGCAAUCGACAUCUUAAAUUUGAAUUGGAAGGACAUACAUGUUACUUUUUCACAGAUUUUGGGAUUUUGGGGACAGAAAAUGGCUUCUACUGUGGAGGAUUUAAUUGUUGAACGAUAUAUUUUCACCCUUUGUUGGGAUAUUCCUUAUGUAGUUUCUGAAGCAGACCAUUCAGUUCCAUCUUGGAGUAGCGACAACUCUGUGGAUCUGUCCAAUAUGUUGCAUUUUUUCCACUUCAGCCAUUCACUUUUGGGUGAUCCAGAGGCCAUUGGAUUCCCUGAAAAUCUUAUAUUGACCUUGGUUCAGCAGUUAAAUGUUCUUCCCCAGACAGAAGGUAUCGAAGAAUUAGGUUGGGAUUUCCUCAGAACUGGAAUGUGGUUAUCUCUAGUGCUCUCCUUCACUCAUGUUGGCAUCUUGAGAUAUUGCAUGGACAAAGCGAUUUCAGUACAGGGCCUUGGCUGGACUGAGAAUGCUUUUGGGGAAGAGAAAUAUGUUGAACUGGCUGGGAGCAUGAUUUCCUCCCUGGUGGAGUCUGGUAAAUUUGCAUGUCUAAUAAGCACGCUCUCAUCUUUGUUGGACAAGUACUUGCAAGCCCAUCAGAAAGCUUUUCUUGGUAGCCUUAGUUACCAACAAAAGCCGGCUUCUGAUUUUUCACCAUUUUUGCUCAUGAAACAUACUGGAAUUGACAAAAGCCUGCAGGAUGAGCUGCUUGAGAGGAGUGGCUGUAAUGAAGGUGAGCUUCAGUCUGUCCUUGGCCUCAUAUCACAGUUGGAUGCUGCUGUUGAUAAAAAAGCUUCAGGAGUUCUUCCUAAGGCCUACUGGGAGUGCAUGUUGCAUGGCUUUCCUUGUCAUCUUUCUACUCCUAGUGCUACUUUGCUUUCUUGUGCUCUUAGCAUAAGAGGAAUUAUCUGUGUCCUAGAUGGGUUGUUUAGGAUAACAGCAGGGAGAAAGGUUGAUUUGGACAUCGAAGUUCUUGGGCAAAUUCUUGAUGCUGUAAUGAUUAUCAAGUAUGAUAGGAUAUUUGAAAGUGUUCAUGGGAAAUGUGAUGCUGUUUAUCAAAGCAUAGGUGCAGAACUGGAAUGGUCAAGUUAUGCUGACUUAAUUCUAAUGAAGCAAAUGGAAGGGUUUCUGAAAGACAUUAAUUCUAGGGGAGAAGGUCAUGACAGUGUCCAAGAAUGGAUAAUCUGCAGAAUUAUUGAGAUAUUGAAUGGCACUAGGAAAGACCCUUCAAAGUCUGCUGUUUUUCACUUUUAUCUUGGUAUUGAAUAUGUGCCUGGACAGAUCAGUAGGCAUUUGCAAUUGCAUAAUGGUGACUGUUUAGUGCUAAUUGAUUCGCUGGAUACCUGUUACUCUGAAUCUGUGAAUGUGAAGGUUCUCGAUUUCUUUGUGGAUCAUUUAUCUGGAGAGCAAUUUCCUGAUCUCAAGCUGAGAAUACAAAGGAAAUUCCUUGGAAGAGAUGUACAUAUGGUGUCUAAGUGGUUGGAGAAGAGGCUCUUAGGAAGCAUAAUAAAAUUAGAUACUGGCAUCUGUGCAAAGGGGACCUCCAUUUCUCUACGGGAAUCAACAAUGAAUUUUAUUCUGUGCCUUCUAUCACCAAUCUCAGAACAAUCCAAAGAGUUGCAACAUCAUAUUUUUAAUUCUUUGCUGCUGUCACUUGAUGCUGCUUUUUUGCAAUUUGAUAUACUUGCAGCAAAAUCAUAUUUUAGUUUCAUUGUUCAGAUUUCAAGAGGAGAGUCAUUAAUGAAACAGCUUUUGAAGAGGACUGUUGUAUUGAUGGAUAAACUGGUAGGCAAUGAAAAUUUGCUUCCAGGAUUGAAGUUUCUAUUUGGCUUUAUUGAAAUUGUCUUAAGUGACUGUAAAUCUGGUAAAAUUUCACUUCAAAGAACAACUAAAAAGUGUUCAUCUAGCAGUAGUCUUGGGAUAGGGCAUGUGUCUGCCCGACCAAUUGGAUCCAGAAAGGACUCGGACACAUUUAUUCUUUCUGCCAAUCAAGAAGGGGGAUCAACGUCGCUUGAAUGUGAUGCAACUUCUGUUGACGAGGACGAGGAUGAUGCAACUUCUGAUGGGGAGGUUCUGAGCAUAGAUAAGGAAGAUGAAGAGGAUGCUAGUAGUGAAAGGGCCCUUGCCUCUAAAGUUUGCACCUUCACUUCUAGUGGCAGCAAUUUCAUGGAGCAGCAUUGGUACUUCUGCUAUACAUGUGACCUAACCGUAUCAAAAGGCUGCUGUUCAGUCUGUGCAAAGGUGUGUCAUCGGGGUCAUCGUGUUGUCUAUUCACGCUCAAGCCGGUUCUUUUGUGAUUGCGGAGCUGGGGGUGUUAGAGGUAGCAGUUGUCAGUGCCUGAAACCUCGGAAAUUCACUGGAGACAGCGGUGCACCUGUUCGUGGCUCUAACGCUUUUCAGUCAUUUCUACCCUUUUCCGAGGAUGGAGAUCAGCUGCCAGAUAGUGAUUCGGAAUUUGAAGACGACAACAGUUCAGAUAUUGAUAACUCGCUUAGGUUAUCUAUACCAAAAGAGCUUCAAGAAGAUAUUCCGUCAUUAAUGGAGGAACUUGAUGUUGAAAGUCAUGUGCUCAAUCUUUGCUCCUCUUUGAUGCAACUUAUAAUUAGCAGACGAGAGUCUCACCAUUCUAAGGAUAAGAAAAUCAGUUUGGGUGAAGACAAGGUGAUUUCUCAUGGUGUAGAUCUCCUGCAAUUGAAGAAAGCAUAUAAAGGUGGAUCUCUUGAUCUUAAGAUAAAGGUUGAUUAUUCAAAUGCCAAGGAGCUUAAAUCCCAUCUGGCGAGUGGUUCUCUCGUGAAGUCUUUGCUGAGUGUUAGUGUACGAGGUCGACUUGCUGUUGGCGAAGGUGAUAAAGUUGCUAUAUAUGAUGUUGGACAGUUAAUUGGUCAAGCCACCAUUUCACCUGUGACUGCUGACAAGACUAAUCUGAAACCUCUUUCCAAAAACAUUGUUCGCUUUGAAAUCGUACAACUGGUGUUCAAUCCUGUUGUUGAGAAUUAUCUGGUUGUAGCUGGUUAUGAGGAUUGCCAGGUUCUUACGUUGAAUCAUCGUGGAGAAGUGAUUGACCGGCUGGCCAUUGAACUUGCUUUACAAGGGGCAUAUAUUAGACGGGUGGAUUGGGUUCCUGGCUCACAGGUUCAAUUGAUGGUUGUGACCAACAGAUUUGUCAAGAUAUAUGAUCUGUCCCUAGACAAUAUCAGUCCAAUGCACUACUUUACUUUGUCAAAUGACACGAUUGUGGAUGCCAUUCUUUAUCCAGCUUCUCAAGGAAGAAUGUUUGUUAUAGUUCUUUCAGAAAAUGGAUACAUUUUCAGGUUAGAGUUGCCAGUCAAAGGAAAUGUUGGGUCUAUGCCACUGAAAGAACAUGUGCAACUUCUGGGAAAGGAAAUUCAUUCAAAGGGAUCAUCAUUGUAUUUCUCUUCCACUUAUAAGCUACUCUUCAUAUCUUUUCAAGAUGGUACCACAUUGAUAGGUCGGCCCAGCUCUGAUGCAUCCUCCAUUGUUGAGUUGUCUUCUGUGUAUGAAGAGUUAGAAAGUAAGCUGCGGCCUGCUGGAGUACAUCAUUGGAAAGAACUUCUGGCUGGCAGUGGAUUGUUUGUAUGCUUGUCAACUGUGAAAUCCAAUACUGCACUUGCCGUGUCAAUGGGGGAAUGUGAAAUACUUGCACAGAGUAUGCGGCACUCUAUGGGUUCCACCUCACCUAUAGUCGGUAUGACUGCAUACAAGCCGCUGUCGAAAGAUAAAAUACACUGCUUUGUCUUACAUGAUGAUGGUAGCCUUCAAAUAUAUUCACAUGCUCCAGCAGGUGCUGAUGCUGGUGCGAUUGCAGCAUCUGAAAAAGUUAAGAAACUGGGUUCUGGUAUCCUCAAUAAAGCCUAUGCGGGUACAAAUCCUGAAUUUCCUCUUGAUUUCUUUGAGAAGACUGUGUGCAUUACACCGGAUGUGAAACUGGGUGGUGAUGCCAUUAGAAAUGGAGAUUUUGAAGGAGCUAAACAGAGCUUGGUGAAUGAGGAUGGUUUUCUUGAAAGUCCGAGCCCUGCAGGUUUUAAGAUAUCUGUCUUCAAUUCAAACCCUGAUAUAGUCAUGGUUGGUCUUCGAGUUCAUGUUGGUAACACAUCAGCAAGUCACAUACCUUCUAGUAUUUCUAUCUUCCAGAGGGUUAUUAAAUUAGAUGAAGGAAUGAGGUCCUGGUAUGAUAUUCCAUUUACUGUUGCCGAGUCGCUGCUUGCUGAUGAAGAAUUUACAAUCUCAGUUGGGCCAACCUUUAAUGGCUCUACACUUCCCAGAAUAGACUCACUUGAAGUUUAUGGCCGAGCUAAGGAUGAAUUUGGUUGGAAGGAGAAAAUGGAUGCAGUUUUGGAUAUGGAAGCAAGAGUACUUGGGUCACAUUCAGCAGUUGCUGGAUCCGGGAAGAAGCGCCGUUCAAUGCAGUCUGCUCCCAUUCAGGAACAGGUACUAGGAGAUGGGCUUAAGCUAAUUGCCAAGUUUUAUUCAUCAUGUAGGCAACAGAGUUGCUCAAGGCUGGAAGAAGCAAAGGCAGAGCUAGGCAAACUCAAGUGUAGGCAAUUACUUGAAACAAUAUUUGAGAGUGAUCGGGAGCCAAUACUGCAGGCUUCAGCUUCUUGUGUAUUACAGGCCAUUUUCCCCAAGAAAGAGUUAUACCACCAAGUUAAAGAUACAAUGAGGCUUCUUGGAGUAGUGAAAUCAUCUUCAUUACUAUCAUCAAAGCUUGGGAUUGGUGGUUCUGUGGGAAGUUGGAUCAUUGAAGAGUUCACUACCCAGUUGCGUGCAGUUUGUAAGAUUGCAUUGCAACGCCGUUCUAAUUUGGCAACAUUUCUGGAGACAAAUGGAUCAGAAGUGGUGGAUGCACUAAUGCAAGUUCUAUGGGGAAUUUUGGAUUUUGAGCAGCCUGACACACAAACCAUGAACAACAUUGUUAUGUCUGCAGUUGAACUUAUUUAUUGCUAUGCUGAAUGCUUGGCUCUGCAUGGAAAUGAUGCAGGAGUGCGCUCUGUGGCACCUGCUGUUGUAUUACUCAAGAAGCUUCUCUUUUCGUCCAAUGAGGCCGUCCAGACUGCUAGCAGUUUGGCCAUAUCUUCAAGAUUGCUUCAGGUCCCUUUUCCUAAGCAGACAAUGUUAGCUACAGAUGAUGUCAAUGAGAGUGUAGCAUCGGUUCCUGGCCCUGUUGAUACAAGUAGUGGAAAUAACCCAGUCAUGAUAGAAGAAGACACUAUUACCUCAUCUGUUCAAUACUGUUGUGAUGGCUGCUCUACUGUGCCUAUACUCAGGCGAAGAUGGCAUUGUACUGUCUGUCCUGAUUUUGACUUGUGUGAGGCUUGCUAUGAAGUACUAGAUGCAGACAGACUUCCUCCACCACAUUCUAGAGAUCACCCGAUGACAGCAAUUCCAAUUGAGGUGGAUUCAGUUGGGGAUGGCAAUGAAUUUCACUUUGCAUCGGAUGACGUUACUGACCCAAAUCUGUUAGCCGUAUCUACUGAGAGAACUAUGCAGAAUUCUCCAUCAAUUCAUGUCUUGGAACCCAAUGAUUCUGGAGAAUUUGCUGCUUCUUUGACCGAUCCUGUCUCAAUUUCUGCUUCAAAACGGGAGAUAAAUUCCUUACUUCUCUCUGAGCUUCUGGAACAACUGAAAGGGUGGAUGGAUACAACAUCAGGAAUCCAAGCAAUACCUGUUAUGCAGCUUUUCUACAGGUUGUCAUCUGCUGUGGGUGGACCUUUUAUAGGCAGCUCAAAGCCAGAUAGCCUAGAUCUAGAGAAACUAAUCAAGUGGUUUUUGGAUGAGAUAAAUCUUGAUAGGCCAUUCGCAGCGAGAACUCGAUCAUCAUUUGGUGAAGUGGCAAUAUUGAUCUUCAUGUUUUUCACAUUGAUGCUUCGUAACUGGCAUCAACCUGGUAGUGAUGGUUCCAUGCCAAGACAGAGUGGAGCUGUGGAUAUGCAUGAUAAGAAUGUAAUUGAUUUUCCAUCAACUGCUUCAACUACAGCUAAGACUUCAGCAGAUGAGCAAGAGAAGAAUGAUUUUGCAACACAGCUUCUUCGAGCCUGUGAUUCUCUUAGGCAGCAAGCUUUUGUAAAUUAUCUGAUGGAUAUAUUGCAGCAGCUUGUACAUGUUUUCAAAUCUCCUGUUAAUAAUGAUGUGCAUAAUAAUCUUGGGCCUGGUUGUGGGGCUCUGCUCACAGUACGUAGAGAUUUACCAGCUGGUAACUUCUCACCAUUCUUUUCUGAUUCAUAUGCCAAGGCACAUCGAGCGGAUAUUUUUAUGGAUUACCAUAGGCUCUUGUUAGAGAAUGCUUUCCGACUGGUGUAUACCCUUGUUCGGCCCGAAAAGCAUGACAAAACCGGGGAAAAAGAAAAGGUACACAAGCUGUCAUAUGGUAAGGAUUUAAAGCUAGAUGGGUAUCAGGAUGUUCUCUGCAGUUACAUUAAUAAUCCUCACACAAAUUUUGUGAGAAGAUACGCCAGGAGGCUUUUCCUGCACCUCUGUGGGAGCAAGUCUCACUAUUAUAGCGUGCGGGACUCGUGGCAGUUCUCCAGUGAAGUGAAGAGACUCUAUAAACAUGUAAACAAGUCUGGUGGCUUCCAAAAUAACCCUAUCCCUUACGAAAGAAGUGUCAAGAUUGUGAAGUGUCUUUCCACUAUGGCAGAAGUAGCAGCUGCACGUCCUCGGAACUGGCAGAAAUACUGUUUAAGGCAUGGAGAUAUUCUAUCAUUCCUGAUGAAUGGAAUAUUUUAUUUCAGUGAAGAGUCUGUUAUUCAGACUCUUAAACUUCUCAAUUUUGCCUUCUACACAGGAAAGGAUGUUGGUCAUACUUCACAAAAGACAGAGUAUGGAGACAUAAGUUCAAAUAAAUCAGGCAUCACAUCUCAAGAAUCAAAGAAGAAGAAGAAAGGUGAAGAUGGAGCUGAAUCUGGUUCAGAGAAGUCGUAUUUGGAUAUGGAAGCUGCAGUGGAGGUCUUUACUGACAAGAGUGGCAAUAUCUUAAAGCAGUUCAUAGAUUGUUUCCUUUUGGAAUGGAAUUCAAGCACUGUUCGGGCAGAGGCAAAAUCUGUAUUAUAUGGUGCUUGGCAUCAUGCCAAAUCAAUGUUCAAAGAAACUUUGCUAACAGCCCUCUUGCAGAAAGUUAAGUUUCUCCCAAUGUAUGGCCAGAACAUUGUAGAGUUCACAGAACUUGUGACUUGGUUGCUUGGAAGAUCCCCUGAUACUAGUUCAAAACACCAGAUUUCUGAAAUUGUGGACCGAUCGUUGACUCCUGAUGUAAUUAAGUGCAUCUUUGAGACACUCCAUUCACAGAAUGAGCUGUUAGCUAACCAUCCAAAUUCUCGCAUUUAUAAUACUUUGAGUGGCUUGGUUGAGUUUGAUGGAUACUAUCUUGAGAGUGAACCUUGUGUUGCCUGCAGCUCUCCUGAAGUUCCUUACAGCAGGAUGAAGCUGGAAUCUCUAAAAUCUGAAACAAAGUUCACUGAUAACCGUAUCAUAGUGAAAUGCACUGGUAGCUACACAAUUCAGACUGUGAUAAUGAAUGUUCAUGAUGCCAGAAAGUCAAAAUCGGUGAAGGUUUUGAAUCUAUACUAUAAUAACAGGCCAGUUGCUGACUUGUCAGAGUUGAAAAAUAACUGGUCUUUGUGGAAGCGUGCAAAAAGCUGUCAUCUUGCUUUCAAUCAGACUGAACUUAAAGUGGAAUUUCCCAUUCCCAUUACAGCUUGCAACUUUAUGAUUGAACUAGAUUCCUUCUAUGAAAAUCUUCAGGCAUUGUCUCUUGAGCCAUUGCAGUGCCCGCGUUGUAGUCGUCCUGUCACUGAUAAGCAUGGUAUAUGUGGCAAUUGUCAUGAAAAUGCUUAUCAAUGCAGGCAAUGUCGCAAUAUCAAUUAUGAGAAUUUGGAUUCCUUUUUAUGCAAUGAGUGUGGAUACAGCAAAUAUGGGCGGUUUGAGUUUAAUUUCAUGGCAAAACCCAGUUUUACAUUUGAUAACAUGGAGAAUGAUGAAGAUAUGAAGAAGGGGCUAGCAGCAAUAGAGUCCGAGUCAGAGAAUGCUCAUAGGCGAUACCAGCAACUUUUGGGCUUCAAAAAGCCCUUGCUUAAAAUUGUAUCAAGCAUUGGUGACAGUGAAAUAGACUCGCAACAAAAGGAUUCUGUGCAGCAAAUGAUGGUGUCUUUACCCGGACCAUCUUGUAAAAUCAAUAGGAAAGUUGCUCUUCUUGGGGUGCUCUAUGGUGAGAAGUGCAAAGCAGCUUUUGAUUCUGUCAGCAAAAGUGUCCAGACACUGCAAGGGCUACGCAAGGUGCUGAUGAAUUAUCUGCACCAAAAGCAUUCUGAUAAUAGUGUGGCUUCAAGAUUUGUGGUUUCUAGAACACCAAAUAAUUGUUAUGGGUGCGCAACAACAUUUGUGACACAAUGCCUAGAAUUGUUACAGGUGUUGGCAAAGCAUCCAAAUUCUAAGAAACAACUUGUUUCAGCCGGUAUUUUGUCCGAGUUAUUUGAGAAUAACAUUCAUCAAGGUCCUAAAGCUGCUCGUGUACAAGCAAGGGCUGUACUUUGUUCUUUAUCUGAAGGUGACGUGAAUGCAGUAAGUGAAUUGAACAGUCUGAUACAAAAGAAAGUAUUGUACUGCCUUGAGCAUCAUCGCUCGAUGGACAUUGCUGUGACUACACGUGAGGAGUUGCUAUUACUUUCUGAGGUGUGUUCUUCAGCUGAUGAGUUCUGGGAAUCCAGGCUACGUGUUGUUUUUCAGUUACUGUUUUCUUCCAUCAAGUUAGGUGCCAAGCAUCCUGCCAUCUCUGAGCACGUCAUUCUUCCAUGUCUGAGAAUCAUAUCUCAGGCAUGUACCCCCCCAAAGCCUGAGACACUAGACAAAGAGCAAGGCCUUGCAAAGUCUACUGUAAAGGUAAAGGAUGAGAGUAAUAAAAAUGUAUCAGGAUCCUUGACUGGUGCUGUCUCUGUCAGUGGGACCAAAACAUUGCCAGACUCCUCUGAAAGAAAUUGGGACGUGACACCUAAGGCUCAAGAUAUCCAGUUGUUGAGCUAUUCUGAGUGGGAGAGGGGAGCUUCUUAUCUUGAUUUUGUUAGAAGGCAAUAUAAAGUAUCACAGGCAGUCAAAGGUAUUGGCCAGAGGUCACGACCCCAAAGGCAUGACUAUCUGGCACUUAAAUAUGCUCUACGGUGGAAGCGUCGCACUGGUAAAGUAGCUAAAAGUGACUUAUCGGUGUUUGAGUUGGGAUCAUGGGUCAAAGAGCUUGUUCUGAGUGCCUGUUCUCAAUCCAUUAGAUCAGAGAUGUGUAUGCUGAUAAGCUUGCUUUGCUCUCAAAGUUCAUCCAGACAAUAUCGGUUGCUGAACCUAGUGGUUUCUUUGUUACCUGCAACACUUUUUGCUGGAGAAAGUGCGGCAGAAUAUUUUGAGUUACUAUUCAAGAUGAUAGAGUCAGAGGAUGCUCGUUUAUUUUUUACUGUUCAGGGUUGUUUGCGUACAAUCUGUACUCUAAUUACCCAAGAAGUGAGUAAUGUUGAGUCUUUGGAAAGGAGUCUACAUAUUGAUAUAUCUCAGGGUUUUAUCCUUCAUAAACUCAUCGAGCUUCUUGGAAAAUUUUUUGAGGUUCCAAACAUCAGAUCCAGAUUCAUGCGAGACAACUUACUUUCUGAAAUUCUUGAAGCCCUUAUUGUAAUUCGAGGUUUGAUAGUUCAAAAGACAAAGUUGAUUAGUGAUUGCAAUCGGCUCUUGAAAGAUCUUUUGGAUAGCCUCCUGCUAGAAAGCAGUGACAACAAGCGACAAUUCAUUAGGGCCUGCAUCAAUGGUUUGCAAAUACACGGGGAAGAGAGAAAGGGGCGUACCUGUUUGUUUAUAUUGGAGCAGCUUUGCAACCUGAUCUGCCCCUCCAAACCUGAGCCUGUAUAUUUGUUGGUCCUAAACAAGGCGCAUACCCAAGAAGAGUUUAUCAGGGGAUCAAUGACUAAGAAUCCGUAUUCCAGUUCUGAAAUUGGGCCAUUAAUGCGUGAUGUUAAGAACAAGAUUUGCCAUCAGUUGGAUUUGUUAGGCCUUCUUGAGGAUGACUAUGGAAUGGAGUUGCUAGUUGCUGGGAAUAUCAUCUCUCUUGAUUUGAGCAUAGCCCAAGUCUAUGAGCAAGUCUGGAAGAAGUCAAGUCAGUCCUCUAAUGUGGCCAAUUCCAACUUGUUGUCCCCAAAUGCUGCCACCUCAUCUAGAGAAUGCCCACCUAUGACAGUGACUUAUCGACUUCAGGGAUUGGAUGGUGAAGCAACUGAACCUAUGAUUAAAGAGUUGGAGGAGGAUAGAGAGGAGUCACUGGAUCCAGAGGUCGAAUUUGCCAUAGCAGGUGCUGUUCGGGAAUGUGGUGGACUGGAGAUAUUAUUGGGCAUGAUUCAGCGUCUGCGAGAUGAUUUCAAGGCCAAUCAGGAGCAAUUGGUAGCAGUUCUUAAUCUUCUUAUGUACUGCUGCAAAAUUAGAGAAAACAGACGAGCCUUGUUAAAGCUAGGUGCUUUAGGUUUACUUCUUGAGACGGCAAGGCGAGCUUUCUCAGUUGAUGCCAUGGAGCCAGCUGAAGGCAUACUUUUAAUUGUUGAAAGCCUGACAUUAGAAGCAAAUGAAAGUGACAAUAUUAGCAUCACACAGGGUGGACUAACUGUCACUAAUGAAGAAUCUGGUACAGGUGAACAAGCCAAAAAGAUAGUUCUUAUGUUCUUGGAGAGAUUAUCGCAUCCAUCAGGCCUCAAGAAAUCAAACAAACAACAGAGGAACACAGAGAUGGUUGCUCGAAUAUUGCCUUACUUGACUUAUGGGGAACCUGCUGCAAUGGAAGCUCUUAUCCAGCAUUUUAGUCCUUAUUUACAGGAUUGGGGUGCAUUUGACCAUGUGCAGAAACAAUAUUUGAACAAUCCAAAGGAUGAUAAUGUUGCUCAGAAAGCCGCAAAGCAGAGGUUUACACUGGAAAAUUUUGUUAGGGUUUCAGAGUCACUAAAGACAAGCUCCUGUGGAGAGAGAUUAAAGGGCAUGAUCCUAGAGAAGGGUAUAACUAAAGCUGCAAUGAGACAUUUGAAAGACAGUUUUCCUGAUGUGGGGCAAGCUGGAUUUAAGAAUAAGGAUGAAUGGGCACAGGGUUUAACACUACCAUCUGUCCCUCUUAUAUUGUCUAUGUUGAGAGGUUUGUCAAUGGGGCAUCUACUUACCCAAAUAUGUAUCGAUGAAGAAGGUAUCCUACCCUUGUUGCAUGCCUUGGAAGGGGUUUCAGGAGAAAAUGAAAUCGGGGCAAGGGCUGAAAAUUUGUUGGACACUUUAUCUAACAAGGAGGGUAAAGGAGAUGGAUUCUUAGAGGAGAAGGUUAGUAAGUUGCGACAUGCGACUAGGGAUGAAAUGAGGCGCCGGGCUUUGCGCAAGAGAGAGGAGUUGCUUCAGGGCCUUGGGAUGCGUCAAGAGCUGUCUCCAGAUGGAGGUGAGCGCAUUCUUGUUGCCCGGCCUCUUCUUGAAGGUUUAGAAGAUGUCCAGGAGGAGGAGGAUGGAUUGGCAUGCAUGGUAUGCCGGGAAGGAUAUACUUUAAGACCCACUGAUUUGCUGGGCGCUUACUCAUAUAGUAAGCGUGUGAAUCUAGGCGUAGGUGCUUCUGGCAGUGCUCGUGGUGAAUGUGUUUACACUACUGUAAGUUACUUCAAUAUUAUUCAUUUCCAGUGCCAUCAAGAGGCCAAAAGAGCAGAUGCUGGCUUGAGGAAUCCUAAGAAAGAGUGGGAUGGGGCAAUGCUCAGAAACAACGAAUCUCUCUGUAAUUCUUUAUUCCCUGUCCGAGGUCCAUCUGUUCCACUCUCACAGUAUGUGCGAUAUGUCGACCAGUACUGGGACAAUCUUAAUGCUCUUGGGCGUGCUGAUGGAAGUAGACUUCGCCUGUUAACAUACGACAUUGUUCUGAUGUUAGCUCGGUUUGCAACAGGGGCAUCAUUCAGUGCAGAUAGCCGCGGUGGCGGACAGGAAAGCAAUUCUCGGUUCCUUCCGUUCAUGAUUCAAAUGGCACGCCAUCUCCUUGAUCAAGGAAGCUCCUCACAACGACGGACCAUGGCCAGGGCUGUAUCAGCAUAUCUAACCUCUUCCACGUCAGAGACAAGACCCUCUUCUCCACCUGGCACUCAAUCUGCGUUGGGGACAGAAGAAACUGUCCAAUUCAUGAUGGUGAACUCGCUCCUCUCGGAGUCUUACGAGUCUUGGAGGCAGCACCGCCGUGCUUUCCUGCAGCGUGGAAUCUACCAUGCAUAUCUGCAGCACACGCAUGGUCGGUCAACAACUCGUCCAGCAUCAUCUGUAUCAGCUUCUGCGGAAACUGGAAGCAUGGACCAAAGCACCACAGCGGAAUCAGAACAGAAACAGAAUGAUGAUCUUUUGUCAAUCAUUCGUCCAAUGCUUGUUUACACAGGCUUGAUUGAGCAGCUGCAGCAUUUCUUCAAGGUCAAGAAGUUGGCGAGCACGGCACCCAUGAAGACUGAAGGCCCGUCAUCGGCAGAAGGGGAGGAUGAAAGUAGCAACUUGGAAGGCUGGGAAGUGUUGAUGAAAGAACGGUUAUUGAAUGUGAAAGAGCUUCUCGGGUUCCCCAAGGAGAUGCUGUCCUGGCUUGAUGAGAUGAAUUCUGCCGAUGAUCUGCAAGAGGCUUUUGACAUAGUCGGCGUUCUAGCGGACGUGUUGUCCGGCGGGUUCACUCGGUGUGAAGACUUUGUUAUGGCUGCAAUUAAUGCAGGCAAAAGCUGAAGAAAUUUUCAUUUCCCUUUUGAGGUUGAAGAUAUAAACCCUCGUUAAUGUAGAACGCUUGUGUACUAUUAAUAUUCUUGUUACAACGCUGAAGCUGAUGGAAAUUGAAAGAGAAUGUUGAAUAUGUGUCACUUAAAGAUACUCGUCUCAAUUUGAUGAGAAAAUAAAUUUUCAAGACAAACAUGGGGAAGCAA